UAGGAAGGGCGCACGUUGAGGAGUACCCGACCCCCAAAGUCCUCGUGGUCCCUAGGAAAUAUUUUUUUUCCCUGUUUUGCUGGUGCGCCACUCGCCGUCGGCCGAACCUCAUUUUCGCGCCUCAGCUCCCUUGCCCCCUUUCCACAACGCUCCGAAACCUUGGGCAACGAACCAAGCAAGCGACCGUGCCUGAUACCUGUCGCCAUCGCGUCAUCUCAGCGCACUUUCCUAAUCACUCACGCAUGCCUUGCAUUUCGCACAUGCUAACUUAAUCGGCUGCAGAGUCAGCUGUCGAGCCGGAAUUCUCCACGCCGAUUCCCAUUGCAGCGCUGCUGCCGAUAAUCGCUGCGGCCUUCCGGUCUGCCCACCCCAAGUAGGCCCUCGUCAUCAUGUCGGCAUACUACGAGUCCUCGCCCCAGUGGCCUCCCUCGGGACAGUCUGGCUGGGAUCACCAAACGCCGCCGCCCGCCCGCUCGGGUGCUAGCUCGGUCAUCCCCCGCGAAGAGUCCGGUGCCUUCACUCACCAACUAGAGGAGGUCGACCGUGCCAUCGACAACCUUCUCAAGAGCGGAAAGAUGUUUGCAAACGCUGGGGGUCGUCAAGGACGUCCGCCCGCCGGCCCCGGUUCCCGUCCCCAGUCCGUGUCCGACUUCGGCGAUGCGCGCGGCUCGCACACGGGUUCCAACCUCCAGAACUUUUACGCCUCCCAGCGCCACCAAUCCUCGCGCGGCUCGAACGAGGCGGAACAGAUGAUGCAGGCCAAGAGGAGAAUGGCCGCCCAGCGGGAGCGAGAGCUGCGGAACUACCAUCAAGAGCAGCAAUACAACCGAACUGUUAUCUCCGAUAUGCCGUACGGCGGCAACAAGCCAGACAGCACCCUGAGCCCCGGCGGCUUGCCUGACGACGAUCGCCGCAAGCUCCUCUCCCACCAGCGUAGCAGCCUGUACGGAGAGGGACAGCACCCCGAAGGCGCCGGUUAUGCCGACGAAGCCGGUGGUCCCCGGACUGGCCUGCCCGGUCCUCAAGGUGGACCGGCCGGCCUACGCGGCAAUUCCCCGCUGGCCUAUGGAUACGGACGCGCCCCCCCGGGUCAUCUUGAUGCUGGAGUCCAGCUUUCGGCCGAGAGCGGCCAGGGAUCGCACUCUGUCGGGCACAAUGAGCAGGCCAGAGCCAACAGCAACUCCAGCCCCCAGUCCAACCCGGGAACCAAGGGCAUGUACGAUGCACCGGCAGCGCAGCAGUCGAGCCGCACUAGCGUUUCCUCGCCGGGAGGAUCUCCGCCGCGGCAGGGUGCUCCGGGCAGCAAGCCCUCCCAGGGCUCGGUUGCCCCCAUCGGCACCCGCCCAUCGGUUUCCGGCGCCCCGAUGAACCCUGCUCUCACCAAGCGAUCCACUACCCCGCUGCCGUCGCCUCUAAGCCAGGGUUACAACGCAUCCGGCAAUGACGAGGGUGCUUCUUCGAGCAGCGCCGGCCCCGCCAACCCGCCGGCUGGGGCGUCCGAGGGCUCUGGCGUUGGCCUCUCUGGUUGGCCUGCCCGCCCGAGCGGAUGGGGUAGCAAGCCUGGUCUUGGCGGUGUCCAAGCCAGUGUAUGGGGCUAGAGUUUUCAUUUGGGUAAGGGCGACACCGGCAACAUAUGGUAGCGUUUCGGAUACGGAGUCCUGCGAGGUUACAUUCAUCAGGGCGGCGGGAAUCGUGGAAGGCUGCAACGGACAUCAACAGGGUGGCGCGUGGAUAAAUGUGAGAAACGGUGUUUGUUUUCUGAUUCAGGGAUGGAU